UGGCGUAUACUGCCCACUUUAAUAACCAUUGCAGCUGAUUAAGCCAACCUUUGAGUAAUACUAGUUACCAAGAUUACCAUUUAUUGUUACAUAGGUCGAAGUACAACAUGGAUGUUAUAUUAAUUAAUACCAGCCGAGUUUAUAUUUACAGUCAGUUGUCCAUGUACCAUAACUUAAUUGCUGAGGUUACCCCUAUAGCGUUAAUAUUGUAGCCGUGCCCGGAGUCAGCCUCUCCUGGAAGGGGACUGGAAUUGCGAACUGUUUUGGCGAAUAUGUUCAUUGUUGUUGUUAUUUCACUGUUUUGAUUAUCGCUCAUAAUUAUUGUGUUGUAUAAUUCUGAGAUUGUUGACUCGGUUUGCCCGUUUGAGUGUGUGUCACCCUGGCAGUUUCCAGCUGGUGUAGGGCUCCGGGCUGUAUGUGUGCAUGGUGCUAGCUGUAGCUGCCAAUACAAACCGCAUUUUGCUUUGUGUGUGCGUCAAUUACUCACGUGCUCGCUACAAUAUGCUAUUUUAUGAACCAUAAACAGAACAUUUGAAAGUCAGAAAACAUGUUAUUUUCCAGGUCAUAAUUACAUCUAUAAAUAAAUGUAAUAACUUUAAUGUAUCUGUAGCGUUGUUGGAUGUAGCUUUUAUGUGGGCGUGUGUCUCUUUUGCCAGUGGCAAUACGGUGGGAGGUGCAAAGUGGCCAUGAGGAAGUGUUUUUGUUCGCUUCUUGUUUUAAAAUAGAGAGGGAACAUACUGAGCAAGGUUUACAGUUAAAUUACAAUAAUGUAAAUACAUCAUAUUUGUGUGCUUUAUUUCUACCUCGAUUGUUUCUCAGAAACCAGGAUCGAUGUCAACAUGCCCUUCUCUGGUGAACUGAAGAACGCCACGUUUCCUGAAGGGUUUGCGUGGGGAGCAGCAACAGCAGCCUAUCAGGUAGAAGGGGGGUGGAAUGUCGAUGGAAAAGGUCCUAGUAUUUGGGAUACAUUUACGCAUCAGAAAGGCAAAAUAUUUCAGGACCAAACAGGAGACAGAGCCUGCAACAGCUAUGGACUGUGGGAGGAGGAUCUGAAGUGUAUCAAGCAGCUUGGACUGUCCCACUAUCGCUUAUCCUUCUCGUGGUCACGCCUGCUGCCUGAAGGAACAGCAUGCAACAUUAAUAAAAAAGGUGUUGCUUACUAUGACAGAGUCAUAAAUGACCUGUUGACGAAUAAAGUAACCCCUAUGGUAACAUUGAACCAUUUUGACUUGCCACAAGCCCUUGAGGAUAAAGGAGGCUGGAAAAAUGAACAGAUUGUGGAUAUCUUUGAUGAGUAUGCAAAGUUUUGCUUCCAAACGUUUGGGGAUAGAGUAAAGCUAUGGCUUACAUUAAAUGAGCCUCAUGUUUCUGCUAACUUGGGUUAUGAAGAAGGUAUUUUCCCUCCAGGAUUAAAGGAACCUGGGAUGUCAGUAUAUCAGGUGGGUCACAACAUGAUAAAAUCUCACGCCAAAGCCUGGCACAGUUAUAACACCAUCUUCAGACAGGAGCAAAAAGGAUUAGUAUCACUGGCUUUGAACAGUGAUUGGGCAGAACCAUUUGAUCCAAGCAGCCAGGACGAUAUUGAUGCCACUGACCGUUAUAUGGCAUUCAUGUUAGGUUGGUUUGCCAAUCCUAUCUUUGUUGAUGGAGACUAUCCAGCGAUCAUGAAAUCCCAGAUUAAAGCUAGAAGUGAAAAGCAAGGCUUCGUGUCGUCCCGGUUACCUGAGUUCACAAAGGAGGAACAGAACAUGAUUAAGGGUUCUGCUGACUUUUUUGCCUUAAAUUACUACACUAGUCGCAAAGUGAAAUAUUCAAAAAGCCCACUGGAGAUGCAAAGCUUUAAAACUGACAUGGAAGCUGAAGGUAUCAUAGAUCCGUCCUGGCCUGUGCCUGGAGUCGCUUGGUUGGCUGUAGUUCCCUGGGGAUUGCGAAAGUUGCUGGAAUACAUUAAGAAAACAUGCAACGACCCAGAAAUCUACAUCACAGAGAAUGGGUUCUCUCUGAUGGGCCCUGCGUCUUUAGAAGAUAACCAGCGGUGCCAGUUCUACCGAGAAACUCUACAGGAGAUCCUGAUAGCUAUUCACCAAGAUGGAGUUGAUGUUAGGGGCUACUUUGCCUGGUCCCUUCUGGAUAAUUUUGAAUGGGCCUGUGGUUACAGUGUUCGGUUUGGCCUUUUUCAAGUGGACUUUGAAAACCCAGAAUUCCCUCGCACUAUGUACAAGUCAGGAAAAGAAUAUGCAACAAUAAUCUCAUGCAAUGGAUUUAUAAAUAAGAAAGUAACCUGAAGUUUCAUCCUAAACAAUAUCGUAUUGUGUAAAAACACUCAAUUGGGUUCAUUGUUCAAUUUAAAUUCAAGAGUUUCUUGGAUAGCCAAUGUCAUCCAACUUACAAAAUUAAAACAUUUCACAGAACAUUUUUUCAAAAAUAAUAAUCGUGGAACCUAGAUAUAUGGAUUUCAGUCAAUCAAAAUCCAGGGGUAAGACAUCUUUUUAUUUGAUAGACACAUCAAAUAUCAUUUUAACAUGUUUUAACAUCAUUUUAAAACCUUCAUUUAAAAACAGAUCUAUUCAACGAUUAUAUAUUGUUUUCUUGUGUAAAACACUAACAAUAUCACUUUAACAAAUAAAUAAACUUUACAAUGUUAAGAA